GAAGAGUCCAGUAAACAACCCCCCUCCCUCCUAUGAUAAAAGUACGUACACACCUAAUCCGGCAGGCGGUAACCACGGCAGAAUUUUGACCUCUUCCUGGACCCCACAAAAAUUUCCAAGCAAGCGGCGGCACCCGGACACCCGCUCGCAACGAACCCGCUGCGGCACUGCGGCGCUGCUGACGGCAACACCCACCACACCCUACAGUACAAUACUUGCUGAGCCUGGUCACAACAGCAGCCACAGCGGUACCUACUGUGGGGCUCCGAACUUCUUAUCGACGUCGAAGGUUCACUAGUACUAUACGCGCUUUCGGUCGCAAUCGCAUCGCAUCGCAUCGCGAAACAUCUUUUUACGUUCUACUUUCCCGAGCCGAUUGCCCGCCGCCCCAACCUACCAGACAAGAUGUUGUACGAGACUAUUGGUAUUGUCCGCCCGGGCAACAUCGCCGAGGUGAAGGAACUCGUCCUAACAGCCGGCAAACUCAUCCUCAACCAAGGCGGCGUCAUCCGCGACAUCAAGAACUGGGGCACCUUUUUACUACCCCGUCCCAUCUCCACCAACCAGCAGCGCCAUAACCGGGGCCACUACUUUGUCAUGCGGUACGACGCCAGCAUCGCGACGCACGAAGAAGUCCGACGCACCAUGAAGGCCGACCCGCGUGUGAUCCGCACGGCGAACGUGAAGCUGGGCGAUGGCAAGCUGGAGACAUUGUCGAGGUUUGGGGCGAUUCCUUGGAGGAGUUUGGAGGAGGCGUAAAUCUGUAUCUUCCGGACGGAGAGGAAAAGAGGGG